AUGGCUCCAUCAACUUGCUGUAAGAAGGGAGAUGGUGCUGAGAGUGCUUGUGUUUGUGCAACCCAAGCAAAAUGUUCCUGCGGCGAAAAAAAGGCCCUAGAAUGUACAUGUGCCAAAGCCGAGAGCGAAAAUAAAAUCGAAGGCGCUAGAUGUAGUUGUCGUGCUCGUGCAGCGGGAGCUUGUACUUGUGAGCGUUCUGCGGAGGAAAAUAAAGUUCCUUCGGGUGAGCUUUGUGGGUGUGGUGCUAGACCUGUUGAUGCUUGUACUUGUGAAAAAGCUACAGAUGGUGGAUUACUUCCUACUGAGACGGAUUUCACUACUAAGGCUUAG